AUGCCCGCACCCAUACCCCAGGUCCUGCCUGGUGUCUUAAAAUGGGUGCAGCCACGUGGACCAAACCUGGAGUCUCCCCUACAGCAGGCCGCUGGCCAGCAAGGGCAGAAGCUAGGGAGGUGGCACAGCUGUAGGCACCGCGUCACCACGCCAUCUCCUGGGGUCAGCAGCGGGUAUCCGCAGUCACGUGGUUCCGGGGUAGCAGUAUCUUCUGUGGCUGCAGCAAGUGUUAGUCACUCCACAUCAUCUGAAAGAAUCAUCUUAGGCUCUGCCGACACUGAGUCCUGGGAAGAGAAUUCAGCAUCACCUGUUUUAGGCCUCAGAGUUAGCCGGUUUGUUGAAAUUCAAGUUAGGGGGAACCAGAACCAAGGAUUUGGCCUUGGAAUAGAAGCCUGUGUGAGCAAAGAGAAUGAGGAGGAAAGUGUGUCUGCCAUGGAGAUGCAGGAGCCGGCACCAUUGAGCCAUGGCUCUGAGCACUUCAUCACUGGAGCUUCAGCCACAGAGGGGAAGCUGGAAGAUGCAGGUCCUCUGUUACCCCCACAGGACGCAGCUUACAUGAUUUUCUCUAUCAGUCAUAUUGGUGCUGCUGACAGAAAGACCCUUCCCAGAUUCAUGGGGUUGAAGUGAUUUCCAGAGCUCUAUCCUGGUUCUCUUGGACUAGGGGUGUUGCAGGGGAAGCCUCCGUAUUGGAAUUCAAUAGUCCACAGGUCUCAGCUCUCCAGUCCUCAGGGGCAAAGCCUCUCACAAGUUCCUUUAGGCUGGAUCUGGUGCAACACCAUGGUGAGGAGGAGCGGGGUUGGUGGCAUCACCAUGCUCUUCACAGGGUACUUUACCCUCUGCUGUAGCUGGAGCUUCUGGCCUCUGAAGGUGCAGCACUGGCAUAA